UACUUUGAAUAUAUAUGGCAAACAAUAUAUCCAGUUGCCAUGACAUUGUCGACGUGGAGUCCGGAAAGCCUAUCACCUCUGCGGUGAUGUUCUCCACCGGUGUUGUAGGCAACAUCGUGGCGCUGGUCCUGCUGGGGGUCCGGAGCAGGAGGACCAGUCCGUCCCUGUACCAGAUCCUGGUGACAGCGCUCCUCAUGACCGACCUGCUUGGCUCCUUCUCUGUCAGUCCUGUUGUACUGUCAGCUUAUGCUCGGGGGAAGACUCUCGUGGGAAUGAGUGCAGGCAGGGAGGUGUGCUCCUACUUUGGCUUCAGCAUGACUUUCUUGAGCCUCUCCACGUUGGCCUUCCUGUGCGUAAUUGCGCUCGAGCGCUACCUCUCCAUUUGUCACCCUUAUUUUUAUGAGAGGCAUCUGAGAAAACGCUGUGGUUACAUCACUAUUGCUCUCAUCUACCUGGGCAGCAUCCUUUUCUGCGUCGGUCCUUUUCUGAGUUUUGGUAAAUACGUGCAGUACUGCCCGGGGACCUGGUGCUUCCUGGAAAUGAGCCACAAGGAUGAAAAGGAUAAAGUUUACAUCGGAUUUUUCGCAACUUCCAUUGUCCUCUUGAUCUCCAGCACGGUGGCAUGCAACAUAUCUGUCAUUUUCCACUUGGUGAUGAUGUACAGGAGGCGCAAAGUGUGCCGGAGCGGAGUGUCUGCGCACUCCCGGUACCGCAGGUCUCUGUCAAUGACGGAGGAAGUGGAGCAUCUGCUGCCGCUGGCUAUCAUCACUGUAGUCUUCAUCUGCUGCACCUUCCCCUUAGUGCUCAGAGUGUACAUAAACUUCACAGGCAGCCCUGAUCCGGAUAACACAGCUACAGCUGACCUUGAUGCUCUCCGUUUUCUGUCAUUCCACUCUACCAUCAAUCCCUGGGUCUUCAUGGUCCCCUCCAUUCUGAGAAUCAUCUGGAGGAAGUUGCGCAAACCGAAAAAGUCCACAUUCAUCUGUGGGAAGAAUCUGCGUAAUACUUGAUCGACCCGUCAGAAACACUUAACUUAACUUUAC